CGAUGAACGAGAAACGACCACUGUACAAAAGUCCCUACCUCGCAAAGCGUAGAUGGUCAUCUUCUCCUUGUUCGAAUUGCUUGCUUUGAUUCAACAAUUUAGGUUACAAGAAGAGCCUAAGACUUGAAAACUAUUCAAUUUUGCUUGCUAACAUGGAUAAAAACGUUGCUAUUAUAACCGGAGGAGCAUCUGGAAUGGGUUUCGCAGUUGCAACAUCACUUUCAAAGAAAGGAUGGCGUGUAACUAUCGCGGAUAAAAAUAUGCAAGCUGGCAAAAUAGCUGCGAGGGAGCUUUCAUGCUCCUUUUUCGAGACUGACGUUUGCGAUUUUGCCUCGCUAUCUACACUUUUCGACCAAGUUUUCGGAAAGGAAGGCCGUAUCAAUUUUGUGUUUGCGAAUGCAGGAAUUGGAGAGCAUAAGAGUUUCUACGCCCAAGCAGACGGCGUCUCCGGUCCACCAGCAGAAUUAGACACCGUCAUUGACGUUGAUCUCAAGGGCGUGAUCAACACUACAUACCUAGCACAGCACUAUUUUCGCAAAGUUCCAAAGGGUACGAAGAACUGCCUCAUUUUGAACGCAAGCAUUGCUGGUAUAUACCCGGCGCAUUAUUGCCCCAUCUACACCGCUGCGAAGCAUGGAAUUGUGGGUUUCGCGCGGGCAAUCUCGACACGCUUCUACAACAAUGAUGGCAUACGGGUCAAUGCUCUCUGCCCAGGAAGUGUGAGGACGAAUAUUUUUGAGAAGCACGAGUGGGACCAUUUCGACAACGGGUUCAUCGAAUUCAUCGAGCUUGCUCAGAUCGUGAAGAUUGUGGAGUUGAUACUGUUCGAUGAGAGUAUGCAAGGACAAGUCGUUGAAGUUGCCCCCAAGGAUCAUUAUUUGAUUAAAAGAUUGGAGUACAACGACUCUAAUGUUGCCCACACACUAGACGAGACUGCGGCAGCCUCACUUAGCCAAUGA